AUGACUAGACAUUGUAUACAAAGAUUAACAGUUUCAACUAAGACAUUAGAAGGUCAUGAUGAUCGAGUAGGAAGACCCCAUGGGAGAGAUGGAAGACCCCAUGGUCAUAUCAAGCACCGUGUGUCAUUUAAGACCCAUACGCCUAACAACUUGGCUCGUAAUUUGACAUUUGUUAAUUUGGAUGACGACAUUCCAAUGACUUCGAAUAACAAUUCGAGACAAGUGAUAAUGAAUUCGAAUAAUAGAGAACGAGGGGAACGUUGGCGAACUGUUCCUCGUGGCAGGAACAGUCCUAUGCCAAAUAGAAAUUUUAAGGGAGGUCAGUCAGGUCCUAGACGGCUUCCUCCUUUAAGAGAAUCCAAUUGGUAUAGAGUUAGUAUACCAUAUGGUCAGAAGUACGAAAGGGAUUUUAUUAUAAAUACCCUUUUGAAUUACAUUGCGCCCAAUGUAUUUGUACCCAUAGUGUACAAGACAUCUGCAAUUGAUGCCAGUUUCUAUAUAGACGAUUAUAAGACGGCAAUUGCAUUGCAAAACUGUGAUUAUAAGAUCACAAUGAGUGAUGGAUUUAAAUUGCAAGUGAAAGUGAAACCAGGAUUUCCAAUUUAUGAUAUUGAUGAUAAAUUGAAGGAAAGGUUAAAACAAGCAAUGGUUAAGAGAUAUGUACAAGAUACCAAUGCUUUGAAUUUGUCCAAGUUCUAUCUUGAUCCUGACCUUUGCUCUGAUUACUUUUGUGUAUUGUUCCAUCCGGUUAUGAUGAAGACUGUGUUGGACAUUGUAGCGGAACACAUACCGAAUUUAGAAGCUUUGAACUUAGAAGGAAAUAAGUUGCAGAAUAUUGAGAGACUUAGUAUACUGACAAAGAAAUUCUCAAAAUUGAAAAUUUUAUAUAUUGGUGAUAAUAAGAUCAGAGACAUUCAUCAGUUAGAUGCUAUUAAGGAUUUAAAACUGGAGGAAUUGAAGUUAACUGGAAAUCCUGUCUGUAACAAGUAUAAAUCUCGACAAAAUGACUAUGUUAG